AGUAUGUUGGUUACACAAGGCGGAAGCGAAUAAUUUACUGAAGCUGAAAGUGGCAGAAAAGGAUACCACAUUGAUAAAGAGGAACGACACUGCUAUAAGUCACAGGUCGCAGGGCGGUGUGGAGGUUGUUUUCCGUUGCUGGUAAAUCCGGUCACUCCACCUUUGUCUGCCCAGUCCGGUCAUUCCCAUCAGAAGACUUAUCCCUGACCUCACUCACCAUCAGUGCCUGCGUGUACAGAGUCGGCUCCUGUCCUUACACCCUGUUAGCUAGUAGUUUCAUCCCAUCUCAGGCCUUCUCCAUCCUUAACAGUCUCUUUCUCUGCCAAUGGCUGGGCGCGGUGGAGGACCAACCAGGCCUAAUGGUGCCGCAGCAGCAAACAAAAUCUGCCAGUUCAAACUGGUGCUGCUGGGUGAGUCAGCGGUGGGCAAGUCCAGCUUAGUGCUGCGCUUUGUCAAAGGCCAGUUCCACGAGUUCCAGGAGAGCACCAUUGGAGCUGCCUUCCUCACUCAGACUGUCUGUCUGGAUGACACCACUGUGAAGUUUGAGAUCUGGGACACAGCGGGUCAAGAGCGCUACCACAGCCUGGCUCCGAUGUACUACAGAGGAGCACAGGCGGCCAUCGUGGUCUACGAUAUUACCAACACAGAUACUUUCGCCCGAGCAAAAAACUGGGUGAAGGAGCUGCAGAGACAAGCCAGUCCCAACAUAGUAAUCGCUCUGGCAGGCAACAAGGCGGACAUCGCAAACAAGAGAGCCAUAGAGCUUCAGGAGGCACAAGCGUAUGCUGAUGACAACAGUCUACUCUUCAUGGAGACCUCAGCCAAGACUGCCAUGAAUGUCAAUGAAAUUUUCAUGGCUAUUGCAAAGAAGCUACCGAAGAACGAUGCUCAGGGUGGAGCUGGACCAGGUGGACGGAACCGGACGGGAGUGGAUCUACAAGAAGCUGCCCCUCAGGGCCGCAGUGGCCAGUGUUGCGGUGGCGGAAAUUAGCAAGUACAAAACAAUGAACUUAGAGAGCGAGCCCUGAACAUUGUUUUAAGGACAGCACGUAGCUAAAACCCAGAGAGGCAGGAGAGAGCAGAGCCACUCGCCACUCCUGCACUUAAACUGAGAUUACAGAUGAGAUUAUCUGAAUCCUCUUUGAUUAAAUGAACAUUUUUUAAAAGAAUCAUAAGCUAGAGGGAAUUACCAAGAUCCCUCACUACUUCUUUUCUGUCUCUCCCCCCGUGUAUCUAUCUACCUCCCUCUUCCCCUUUGACCUCUGUCUCAGUUGAUUGAAUUCUGUCUUAAAUUAUCUUUUUUUUGAGGGAUGAUAUUGAAGUUGUUUGCCAUUUUCUCUAAUUGAGCGUGUUUUACGUGAUGUAUGUGUAUGUGUGUAUAUAGUACAUACAUAUAUGCACACGCACGCAGAUGUAUAGACAGUUGUUUACUUUUCUACUCCUGUCAUUUCCCUCGACAUUCAUCAUCAUUAUGAGAGACACAAAUUAUUAUUAAUGCUGAAAUUGCAAAAGGCAGAGCGAUUAAUCUUUUUGUCUUAUUGCAAUUUAGACAACAGCAUUUUGUUCUUCUCUUUAGGGACAUGGACACAGUUAUAAGGAAAGAUCAAGACUUUGCUUGUUGACGGAGGUCAUGACUUAAUAGGCUACACAUCUGGAGAUGUUUCUGAACUGUGCAACAAAUGCAGUUGUUUGCAUUCAUUGUGUAUUGAUACCUGUAACACCAGAGAGUUGUUAGCCUUUUUUAAAUGAAAUGUGAGAAUAACUUGUAAAUUUAAAAAAAGUAAUAAAUAACAUGCAAGAUUCA